AUGAGUGCGCAGAAAGACGAUGAUAGUAAAGAGAAUGGAAUGUCAGCUCUGGCCUUGCAGCGGACUGUGUCCGGGAAGCAUGAGCAAACACAAGCUCCGCAUCAACAUCUAGAUCAAAACUUUAACGUUUUGUCUCUCAUUUCGACUGCCACUUCUCUAAUUGCUACAUGGGAAGCACUCGGAUCUACCAUGGCCACCGGCCUCAUAUCUGGAGGCCCGGUGUCACUGGUAUUUGGGUAUAUACUCGCAGUCUUAGGAACUUUGGCGACGGCGUUGAGCUUGUCUGAACUUGCAUCUAUGUACCCUUCAGCUGGAGGUCAGUACUACUUUGUGGUUCAGCUUGCUCCCAAGAAAUUUCGAACAGCAUGGGGAUACGCCGCUGGCUGGAUCUCCGUCUUUGCCUGGCAAACCUUCACUGCAAGUGCUCCGUUUCUUGGUGCAACAAUGCUUCAGGGUAUCAUCGUACUCAACUACCCGGAUUAUUCGUAUCAGAGAUGGCAUGGGACGAUGCUGUACUGGGCCUUUCUUGGACUUGCAACACUUGUUAAUGUCUUCGCCAUCAAGAGCUUGCCUUGGGUGUUGCAUGCAACAUUCUUGCUCCAUGUUGUACUCUGGCUUAUUUUAGUCGUCGUUAUCUGCGUUAUCUCGCCCACCAAACAUACCGCCGAAUUUGUUUUCACCACUUACGUCAACGAGUCGGGCUGGAGCAGCGACGGUGUAGCCUUCAGCAUAGGCCUACUGAGUAGCACGUAUGUGCUUGCUGGAUACGAUAGCGCGACCCAUCUCACCGAAGAGAUCAAAGACCCGGAGCGUAACGUCCCACGAGCUAUGCUAGCAUCAAUCAUCAUCAACGGCGCGAUAGGAUUUGGAUGGCUACUUGUCAUCUUAUUCUGUAUGGGCGAUAUCACCGAAGCGAUGGAGACAACGACCGGAUACCCAAUCAUCGAGAUAUUCUUCCAGAUAAGCCGUAGCAAUGCAGCGGCUUCUGCCAUGACCUGUGCCCUCAUCGUCAUGGCAGCUUUGGCAACGGUACCUCUUGUUCUGACCGCAUCUCGAAUGCUGUGGUCUUUUGCCCAGGACGCCGGACUGCCUUACUCGAAGACACUUAGCAGGGUUAGCGAGAGACACCACGUUCCCUUAUCAGCGAUAGCAGUGACCAGUGUGUUUCUUAUCUUGAUCGGUCUGCUAAACAUCGGUUCCACUACCGCCUUCAACGCCAUCGUCUCUUUGGGUACCGUCGCCCUAUACAUCUCAUACCUGAUGCCCAUAGUGCUCAUAUUUUAUCGACGGAUAGCUCGCCCAAGCUCACUUUUGUAUGGUCCUUUCCGGCUUGGGAAGCUUGGUAUUGCCAUCAAUCUUGUUUCUAUUGUUUAUACUGUUUAUGUAUCCAUAUUCCUUCUCUUCCCACCAUACCAACCCGUUACGGCUCAGAAUAUGAACUACGCCCCGGUCGUGCUGGGAGGCGUUCUCAUACUGAGCGCUGUGUGGUGGUUCAUAAAAGGAAAGAAUGAGUUCGUCGGGCCGGUCAUGGAUACAAUAGAAGGUCGACCUGCGCUGAGUGGUGCUCAAAGAGACGUAUAG